AUCUCUGCAUUGAAAAGUAUGAGGAGCUGAGAUAUUUCUUAGGCGCCAAUGAUCAGUUCAAAACAUCAUUUCUGGAGCACUCAGGAAUAUUUCCCUACAAGCUGCUUUGUAGUUUGCUUUGUGACACCGGAAAUGCUCGGGAUGCUCUUUAUGUUGAGGAGUUGGGUCGAGCUAGAGGCCUAUCAGACUUAAUGGUAGAGAAGUACUCGGUUGGAACGCACAUCUCUGCUAAUCCGCAAUCUUGGUUUGGCGUUGAGAACAUUUUUAAAAAGAAAAAUAACUGUAGUUGUCUGUACAUUUCGUAUUUUCACAGUGAUCUGCGUUUGUGGAUCUUAAAGAAAAGUGGAGUCCUUCACUAUAGAAGAAUAUCAGUAGAAGAGAAUCUAGUUCAGGCUGGGUUGCCCAAAGAUUUGCGUUUGAGUCAAUUUUUGGAUGGUAAUUUCCGGAGUCUUGGUAUUUUGCCCACUAAAGAUUGUGAAGAUCGGUCUUUAAAUAUGGUUAAAUUGCAACCUCUCUCCCCCGCACAGAAGAGCUCAGCAAGAUUGCGACUCGUGGAGGAGGACGAGGACGAGGAUGAGGACGAGAAAGUGAUUUCAGGUCUAUUUUUGUGUUACAAAAUGUUUAUUGCUCCCGUUUAUGAUUUGCUUGAGGAGCCUGAAGUCAUUAUCGUUCCUGACCGCAGUUUGUACAAAGUUCCCUUUGCUGCACUGAGUGAAAAGGAGGGAGCCCAAUACCUCUCGGAGACUCAUAGAAUCCGUGUCAUUCCUUCUUUGACAACACUCAAGAUUAUUCAAGAUAGCCCAGAGGACUAUCACAGCAACACUGGUGCCUUGAUAAUAGGCAACCCUAAGGUUAAUUGGCUGCCACCAUUGCCAAGUGCAAGAAAGGAAGCGGAGAUGGUCGGACGACUGGUGGGUGUUCUGCCUCUGGUAGGAGAAGAAGCAACGAAGCAGGCGGUGCUUGAGCGGAUAAGUUCAGUGAGCCUGAUUCAUUUUGCUGCCCAUGGUGACGCCGAAAGGGGAGAAAUUGCCCUCUCCCCCAUCCCUAGUACUUCCAACAGGCGAAACGCUAUCUUACCACAUGAAGAUUACAUGUUGACGAUGGCUGAUGUAUCACGAGUGAAAGUCAGAGCUAAACUGGUGGUACUUAGCUGCUGUCACAGUGGAAGAGGUCACAUUAGAGCCGAGGGAGUCAUAGGAAUUGCCCGUGCGUUCUUAGGAUCCGGUGCUCGCUCGGUGUUGGUUGCGCUGUGGGCCAUUUCAGACUCAGCAACAGAGCAGCUGAUGAGUCGGUUCUACGAACACCUUGUAGAGGGAGAAAGUGCCAGUGAAUCCCUCCAUCAGGCCAUGAAGUGGAUGAGAAAAAGCAAGUCUACCAGUGUGUCUGAGUGGGCUUCGUUUACGCUGAUUGGAGAUGAUGUGAGACUCGGGUUUGACAAGCAGAGAGAAAGAGACCCCGACAGAGUAAAUAAUGAGAAUCACUCGAAGGAAACAGAGCCAAAAGACUUUUAGAUGCAUAAAUUGAAUAGAGCAAAGUAGAGAACAUACUUUAUCCGGUAUUUCAUUGAA